AUGGAGAGGGCAAUUUUAGCUGAUAAGAAGAACCCUCUUCCCAUGUAUCAAAAGGCUAAUAUACUUGUGAGCUUGGAAAGCUUUGAUGAAGCUCUAGAAGUCCUAGAAGAGCUGAAAGAGUAUGCUCCUCGUGAGAGCAGUGUUUAUGCUUUGAUGGGAAAGAUUUAUAAGAGGCGUAACAUGCAUGAGAAGGCAAUGCUUCACUUUGGUCUUGCUUUGGAUUUGAAACCAUCAGCAACCGAUGUUGCUUCAAUUAAGGCUGCCAUUGAGAAGCUGCAUGUACCAGAUGAAUUAGAAGACAGCUUGUAG